AUGGAUGUCGAAGCCAAUCCAGUCAUUCACCUCGUCGCUUCGCGGGCUUCGGCUCAGCAGGACAGGAUGGAUGGCAAGAACAACGACGUUGAAGAAGCGCGGGAAGUGUCGCAAGAAGACGCACCUGAUCAUGCAGAAGCUACAUUCCCAGGCGAUCGAGGAGAAGCAGCUGCUUGGGUAGUUCUAGCUGGUUCGUUCCUCGCGCUCUUUCCGAGUUUUGGACUCAUGGUCAGCAUCGGCACGUUGCAAGACUACUGGCAGUAUCAUCAACUGGCCGGCUUCUCCUCUAGAGACAUUGGAUGGAUUUCUGGCGUUUUCGUCUACCUCGCUCUGGCAUUAGGGAUCUGCUUCGGACCAAUAUUCGAUCGUUAUGGGCCUAGAAUUAUCAUGUUUGUGGGGAGUAUUGCGUACAUUGCCGCAAUCUUUCUGUUGGCGGAGUGCAAGCUGUACUGGCAUUUCAUGCUGUGCUUGGGACUGCUAGCUGGACCUGCUGCUGCGGCGCUGACGACGAUUGCGCUGGCUGUCGUCAGUCAUUGGUUCAAGGUCAAGAGAGGUCUUGCCUCUGGCGUUGCAAUGGUCGGGAACUCCUUCGGUGGUGUUCUCAUCCCGCUCGUACUGCGCCAUUGCUUACCUCGAUAUGGCUAUGCAUGGUCUGUGAGGACCCUUGGCUUCGUCUUCACAGCAUGUCUCAUCAUCUCGAACUUGCUAGUGCGAUCACGGUUUCCACCUUCACCCGAUGCAAAGAAGGCGAAAAUCUUCUCUCUGGAUCUCUUCGGCAGCGGAAGCUUCACGUUCUUGACUCUAAGCGUCUUCGGCAUCGAAGUCGUGCUCUUCGGAUCCCUGGGUAUUCUACCAACAUACGCCAGUCUCAGUACCGAUUACCCUGCAGCAACAGGAUUCUACCUCAUCGCAGUGAUGAAUGGCAGUUCUUGCUUCGGCAGAAUUCUACCAGGCUUCAUCAGCGAUUACGUCGGACGCUUCAACACUUUACUGGUCAUGAUGGUCUUCACACUGAUCGUCAUUCUCGUCGUCUGGCUACCUUUCGGCACAUCAUCCCUUUCAGCAUUAUACGCUUUCACGGCGCUAUUUGGUUUCGGGACUGGUUCAUGGAUGGCGAUGGUGCCUGCAACUAUUGCUACACUGUCUGGCCCGCAUCACUUCGGAAGAUACUUCGGAACUUCGUACUUCGUGGCUUCUUUGGCGACCUUGGUGUGCAUACCGAUAUCCGGAGAGCUUGUGCAGAGUGUUGGUCCUCGGGCACUGGUUGGAUUCAUCUGUGUCAUGCUGUUCGUUUCGAUCGGACUUUUCGCAACGAGCAGGUGGUGUCUGCUUGAGAGGAGGUGGAAGUGGCUGGCCAUCGUCUAG